AUUGGAGUUACGUGCUUGGCUGACGAACAAUGGAGUGGCCGAAGCGCAUUCGAAUGGCUCUGCUCGGCUGUUCGACGGCCACGGCAUGGAUGAGUCGUGUGCUCGCACCGAUUGCGACCCCCCCCUGCGGAGGUGAUUUAAUUGCAUGUCGCUCCUCCGCACAACCAUCUCAGGAAUGAGUUACGUCAGCGCUUGCUCAAGAUACCAGCCGGGUCAGCAUGCGGAAAAACCGCAUGGGUGUUUACAGGUAGGAGCCGAGGAUGUUUUGGAUCGAAUUCGUCGAGCGAAGGAGACUAUGCUAGAUCCCCAACUUGUCCUCGUCGACGUACGCGAGUCAAGGCAUUAUCAUUCAGGACACAUAUUAACUGCUCGUUCAAUGAGUUGUCACACGAAAACUAUGGCUAAACGUGCCGUUGCCUGUUGGGAUGCGGUUUACACUGAUCAGCAUUCAUGCCCGGCUCCAGCUGAUGGACAACAGCCAUACUUUUGUACUGAAAUUUCUCAGGUUUCUGCACCGUCAGUCGUUGUGUAUGACCAACGCGGUGCGUGUCCUUAUUGUUCAAACGAUUUGGCAAUCCAAUAUUUCAUUAGCGCUUUACAACAACGUGGGAACCUCAUAUAUUUCAUGAGUGGUGGUUUCGAUGCUUUCAAGAACCUGCGUUCUUCCGAUUUCAUCGAUUCUGGCGCCUCCCUUUCAGAGAGUUUCGGUUUCACUUCCUCUGCUGGCUGUACGUUAACGCCAUCUAAAUCCACACACACAGUCACUAGCCGUUCCAUCGAUUUAGUCCCGUUAUGUCAGGGUGCCCAAAAGGAUCCCUCUGGCUCACGGUGGGCUCCGAACACUUCCUUCUGUGCCAAACCCCUCGGUCCACUAACCUGUGCCUUCGAAUCAAAACUUGAUGAACACCGACCCCCUCCCACUACCUCCGAUUCUUGUCGAUUGAGCUGGUCUGUUCAUCCCCACCAUUACCAUUCCAAUCCCAUUUCAAUUAAGCUGUCACCUGAGCUGGCCCCCCAGGUGACUUCACCUGAUGAUCCGGACGAUGUACUGAACGCUUGCGUAUCAGAAAUUCUUCCUUACUUGUUCGUAGGCAAUCUGCGUGAUGUCCAAGACAAGGCGUUACUUUCUCGCCUCGGCAUAACACAUAUCAUCAGCGUGACAGACUGCAUUCCUGCGUCCCUCUUGAACACAACCGAAUUCCAAUGUCUGCAUUUGCCCGCGGUGGACAACCACAGUCAGGACUUGCGUCCCGCUUUCGAAAAUGGGAUCCAAUUUAUCACUGAAGCGAAGCGAAACAACGGGACCGUGUUGGUGCAUUGCCAAGCUGGCGUCUCCCGCUCCGUCGCCGUCGUCAUGGCCUACCUCAUGCAUUUGUGGCCCAGCUUCAACGUCAUUCGCGCACUGGAGUUUGUACAAGCACGCCGUCCUGUGGCCGGCCCCAACCUGCAUUUUCUGGGCCAACUUCAACGUUUCCACGAUGAUCUACACAUGGAUUCAGCUCACAGUCCUUCCCCUGUGUCCUUGUCCCCAUAGUCGUUUUGUCGUAUCGGUCUUUGAUCUACGUAAGACGACGCUACCUCCACUUCUUCAGUUAGCUCCGUUUCCUUGUUACUUAAUGUUACUUUGUGCCACUCUGAUGAACUCUACACAGAAGAACAGUCGGUAAGAAGGGAAUGGGGCUAACUGAAGAAGAGAUAGCGUUGUCUUAUAUAGAUCACAGACCAAUACAACAUCCUCUGUAUCCGGAUGUUGAUAAUGAAGUGAAUGUUCUCCCU